GAAAAAGUUUGCAGAGUGGUGUUGGGUCAUCUCCAGAGUAAUCACAACAAGGUGUGAGAAGUGAAUUCAAGAUGACAAGACUCACUAUUCUAGCAGGCCUGUGCCUGGUGAUGUGUCAUCUGGGAACUGCCAGCCAGAUGGUGUGCUACUUCACCAACUGGUCCCAGUACAGACCUGGGGAGGGGAAGUUCUUGCCGCAGAACGUGGACCCCUUCCUGUGCACCCACCUGAUCUACGCCUUCUCCAUCAUCAACAGCGGGAACGAGCUGGUUACCUACGAGUGGAACGAUGAUGUCCUCUACAAGUCCUUCAACGGCCUCAAGGAAAAGAAUCCUCACCUGAAGACUCUGCUGGCUGUCGGAGGAUGGAACUUCGGAUCAACUCAGUUCACCAUCAUGGUGUCAACUCCCGCCAACCGUCAGACCUUCAUCCAGUCCUCCAUCAAGUUCCUGAGGACUCACGGCUUCGAUGGUCUGGAUCUGGACUGGGAGUACCCUGGAUCCCGUGGCAGUCCUCCAGUGGACAAACAGAGAUUCACUCUGCUCUGCAGGGAGCUGGUCGCUGCGUACGCUGCUGAGGCCAAGUCCACCGGGAAAUCUCAGCUCAUGCUGACCGCCGCCGUGUCUGCUGGGAAGGGAACCAUCGAUGCUGGAUAUGAAAUCGCUGAGAUCGCCAAAGAGCUGGACUUCAUCAACGUGAUGACCUACGACUUCCACGGUACAUGGGAGCGAUUCACAGGACACAACAGUCCUCUGUUCCGCGGCUCCAUGGACAACGGAGACCUCAUCUACUUCAACACCGACUAUGCCAUGAAGUACUGGAGAGAUAACGGCACCCCAGUGGAGAAGCUGAGGAUGGGAUUCGCCUCUUACGGUCGUACCUUCAGACUGACAUCAUCAAACACAGGAGUGGGAGCUCCAGCCAGCGGCCCUGCAGCAGCUGGUUCCUUCACACGGGAGGCUGGUUUCUGGGCUUAUUAUGAGAUCUGUACCUUCAUUAAGGGAACCACCAUCCAGUGGAUCGAUGACCAGAAGGUUCCAUACGCCACCAAGAACAGCGAGUGGGUCGGCUUCGACACCAGGGAGAGCUACGAGAUCAAGGUUCGCUACAUGCAGGAGCAGAAGUUUGGCGGUGCGUUCGUGUGGGCUCUGGAUUUGGAUGAUUUUGCUGGAAAGUUCUGUGGAGAGGGCGCCCACCCUCUGCUCAACCACCUCCGCAAACUCCUGGCUAUUGAACUGCCCCCUCUGCCCACCACCACCCCCAGACCCGGUGCCAGCACCACCACCCGUCCCACCACCACAACCACCAGCACCACUCAUGCCCCCGGCACCGGCUUCUGCAACGGCAAACCCGACGGCCUGUACCCCCACCCUGAUGACAGGAACAAAUUCUACAUGUGCGCCGGAGGCAUAACCCACGAGAGGCAGUGCGGCGCCGGCUCCAUUUAUGACGACAGCUGCAAGUGCUGCGUGUGGCCCUGAAGCACCUGAACAUGUGUGUAACAUCUGAUGUAAAUGUCCUUUAAUAAAAACAGACUGUUCAACUUCU